UAGUGCGCGUGGCGGGUGUGUUGCGGCGUCGCUCUUCAUGAUGCCAGUGUCUGUGUUCUCAGACCACGCCCUUGAUACAGUGCCAGGUGUUCCUACUGCAGUGUCUCACCUGCAGAUCAGUGAUUAAAAGUUGCCCGCGCGUGGUACACCAAGUUGAUGUGAUUAUCGAGUGAAUUAAGUGGUGGUGUAGUUUAGAGUGUAAGCAUGAGGUGGGAGUGGUUACUACUGUUGGUGGCGGUGCUGGCGCCAGCCUGGGGGUUUAUGGUGCUUGUACCUGACACCACGCCCGUGGGACAUAAGAUCUUCCUUGCUAACCUGGACGGUCCUACUCGCUACAAGCUGGACUCACGCUGGACAGCCAGUUACGUUCAUAGACUCCUCCACGUGGACCAUACUACGGGCGCUGUAGUGGUCAAGCGGCCGCUCGACUGUGCCGGAACCUUUUAUACCAACCCUAUCACCUUGUGGCUGGAAGCGUGGUCAGAGAGGCCAGGGGCACCUCUGGACUAUGCCUCGGUGCCCUUACGCGUUGUAGUGACGGGCGAGGCGUGCCGUCACCACGCCGCCCUGCUUGAGCGGGAAGUUACGUCCUGGAUAGACACAGUGGCGCUCUCUCUGCCCCUACCCGACCCCGACCCUUCCGACCCUGAUAGGCUGUGUCUACGACGCUCUCAGGUGAUCCUCAGGAUCCCCUCCCUGCUGCCACGGACGAUGCAAGCCUGCAAGCUGGUUUACAACACCGUAUCUGAUCAUCGCCUAACUGUGGAGACUCACGGUGGCGACCUCGUCAGCCUUAUCGACACUUGUCUGACGGGGAUAACAAAGGUCAAGCUGGGACUGAGGUUGAGGUGUCCUGGGGUGGCGGAACCCUACAACCACGACAUGUCCCUCGUGCUGCACAACGCCAUCAACACCAACGAGAGACACAUCCGUCGUAUACGCCGCCAGAUGCAGACAGCGGCUCCCUACUUCGAGCGCAACUUAGAGGUGGCGCAUGUGAUAGAAGAGUCAGAGAAAGGGACGACGGUGACCACGGUGACGGCUACGGAUCCCGUGAAUUCACCACUCACCUACUCCAUCGAGGCGCUGCUGGACGACCGGUCACAGAGGAUGUUUGAGAUCGACCCCACAACUGGCGUUGUCACUACCAAGAGGAAGCUGGACCGUGAACUUGUCGAUGUCCAUUAUUUCCGCGUCAAAGCUGUAGACAAGGCGGCGUCGCCACCUCGCUCGGCCACCACCAGGUUACAGAUCAAUGUAGACGACGCAAACGACCAUGAACCAGUAUUCGAGAAAGAGGAAUACGAUACGUCGGUCCGUGAGUCUACUAAUGUUGGCUCCACCGUCCUCACUGUACGUGCGACUGACGAAGACACAGGACCCAAUGCUGACCUUCGCUAUACCAUUUUAAAUCCUUCCGGCGCUAACGAAGCGUUCCGCAUAGAACCCAAGUCCGGCGAACUGUCGACCCGUCUGAUGCUGGACCGUGAGGAACACUCUCACUACACGCUCACCAUCCAGGCGGAGGACCAGGGUCCCGCCCAGCACCGCCUCACAGCCACCACACAGAUCGCCGUCACAAUUCUUGACGAAAACGACAAUUACCCGCAGUUCACGGAGCGGACCUACACGGUGGAGGUGCCCGAGGACAUCAACGCCGCCACCUCCCCGGUCAUCGCCCACAUCCAGGCCAAUGACCAUGACAGUGGUAAGAACGGCCAGGUGCGGUAUGCAAUAACUGCCCGCAACACAGCGGGACAUUUUACAAUUGACGGAAUGACCGGAGAGGUCCGUGUGGCGUCCCAUUUGGAUCACGAGACCAACAGCCAGUACAGUUUGGUGAUUCGCGCUCAGGACAAUGGAUCACCUCCGCGAUCCAACACGACGCAGCUUCUCGUGAACGUGAGGGACGUAAACGACAACGUUCCCAGGUUUUUUAUGCCAUUGUUUCAGAAGACAGUCCAAGAGAAUGUUCCAGUCGGCUAUUCCAUCGUCCGGGUUCAAGCGUUCGAUAACGACGCCGGCGAUAACUCGCUUCUGUCGUAUAAUAUAGAGGGAGGUGGGGAGAACCUUCCAGUAGAGGUGGAGGAUUCCACAGGCUGGAUUUUGACCCGACGAGAAAUAGACAGGGAGGAGAACCAUCACUACACCUUCACGGUGGUGGUGCGGGACCACGGAGACCCGCCACAGUCAGCCUCCGCCACCGUCAUCCUACAGAUUCAGGACCAAAACGACAACGACCCUAUCUUUGACCCCUUGAACUACGAGGUGUCGGUGAGCGAGAGAGAGUACCCCGGGACGCCCGUCAUCACCGUUACAGCCACGGACAAGGACGAGAAUCCACAACUCCACUACGCCAUAACGUCGGGUAACGAGCGUGGUCGCUUCUCCAUCACCCUGCAGAAUGGACGAGGGCUUGUCUCAUUGGCCCAGCCUUUAGACUUUAAGCAAGAACGAAGGUACAUUUUGACUGUGACAGCUACUGACGCCGGUGGCCGUUACGACGUUGCUACCAUUUACGUCAACGUUAGUGACGCUAAUACCUUCCCGCCGCAGUUUGAGAACACACCAUAUUCUGCUACCGUAUUCGAGGAUGCCCCUGAGGGCAGCACUGUGGUGAUGGUGGCAGCUUCUGACGGCGACACCGGAGAGAACGCUCGCAUCACUUACACCCUGAGUGGGGAGUCCUUCCCGGAGUUUGUUAUCCACCCUAGCACGGGCGCCAUCACCACCACCAAGCCCCUGGAUAGGGAGACUCAGGGCAGCUACCUUCUCACUGUUAACGCCCGCGACAACGGUACCCCACAACUCUCUGACACGACCGACGUCGAGAUCACCGUCGUAGACGUGAACGAUAACGCUCCUGUGUUCAGUGCGCCAUCUUACCGAGCUUCUGUCCCGGAGGACGCCACGUCUGGGACAUCCAUCAUCCAGAUUAAGGCCAGUGACGCCGACAGAGGACCCAACGGCAGAGUUGAGUAUUCCUUCGAAAACGGAAAUGACGGCAAUGGCGCCUUCUCAGUGGAUGGUACAUCAGGUGUGGUGAGGACGGCCCGCACCUUAGAUCGUGAGACCGAAGACCAGUACUCUCUGGUGGUGCUGGCCGUGGACGACGGCCCCUCCAAGCGGUCGUCGUCGGUUACGGUGAUGGUGGACAUAGAAGACGUCAACGACAACCCCCCAAUGUUCGAGACAGACCGCAUCCAGCUGUACAUUACGGAAAACUCUCCAGUAGGGACGACCGUAGGGGAGGUGAGGGCCAAGGACCCUGACACAGGCCCUAACGCCCGCAUCCAGUAUAGCAUCGUCGGCGGCCCUGAUGCCGAGAACUUCAGCAUGGUGGCCCACCCCUCCGAGGACCGCGCCGAGCUGGUCACUCGCGUUGACCUCGACUACGAAUCCCCCAAAAAGAAAUACCAGCUGAACGUUCGCGCCAUGUCUGAACAUCUGAGGUCAGAGAUACCCGUGACGAUACACGUCGUGGACGUUAACGACAACGCCCCGGUGCUCUCAGACUUCCGCAUCAUCUUCAACAAUUUCAAAAACCACUUCCCUGUGGGACCCAUCGGCCGCGUGCCCGCCAUGGACGCCGACGUGACGGACCAG